AUGCGAAUAAACGGCUCGGCUGUGAGAGUAACAGCCGGUGAUCACAGGACUACGCUGCAAUUUUUGACCUCCUUUGCGACUAUCGAAUGGUUCCUAGAAUUUCAUCAAACCCUAUCAUUCUAUCGCUUCAAGCAUCAUAGCUACGCUGAGAUCAAUCCAUCGCACUUAUUUGGAAAGUCUAUGAAAGUCGAAUUGAAGCUUCAGGAGAUGUACAUAAUGAUGAAGCACUCUGUAUAUCCGAAAGGCAGAGAUUCAGCGUGGAUUGAACGUUCGCUCCAACGCUUCGUAAGGGCCGCAAAUCGUCUGAAGAGCAGAUCGACGGUUGUCGCAAUGAUUUGCGCAAAAGAAGCCAAAACUUUCAGGGAUUCAGAGAAUAGAAAUACGACAUGUUAA